UACACCCAAUUUCUACCUCAGCUACCCCCAAUAUGCACAGAAUACCAAGUUGUAUGGAGAGCUAGAGUUCCUCUUAUAUGUUUGGAGAUAGUAGAAAUGCAUGUACCGGACCGCGUGCUUCGACAAUUUGGUCGUGCACAACAUGUUCCGCAGUUUGUUGAAAAGAUAGAGAGGAAGGCAAAGAAAGGAGGCCAACAAAUAAACUGGAUGAUCGUGCAUCAAGCUUUUAUACACAAAUGGAAUGAUAGGCAUUUUUGUAUUGUCAACCAAAUUGAACCAACUCCUCGGGAAUCAGAUUACUACACUUGGUAUUGGGGCAUAACCCGAAGAUGGAUACUUCAUUCGACCACAAUACCGGUUGAGUCGCAAAGAGGAUAUGUGCCCCGGGGUAUAGAUGAGAGAGAAUUAGUAUCAGCAAUAGAUGAAGUUCAAACUCUUGCAAAUCGUGGCUUGGAAUUGGCUAGAGCAGGUACGAUAAAAUUAAAUCUCAAAUUUACAUUCUGUUAUAUCAAAUUUAAUAUGAAAUUUUAUUUUUGAACUAUCUAUCGUAGGUAGAAAUCCCGAAACACAUGAACAUGUAUCAAUAUAUCAGGCUAUAAUGCAGAGGCUUCAACAAGCCUUACACCGAACUCACGAAGAUCGUCAUGAUGGACGGGAGGUAACGCCAUUCGUAUAUACACGACAACAGCGACAAAGUCGAGGAC